GCCAUGGAGCAGGGCCUGCGGGACUGCUGCAGAUCCAUCCGCAUCGGGAAAAUCCUGAUCCAGAGCGACGAGGAGACGCAGCGAGCCAAGGUGUACUACGCCAAGUUCCCCCCUGACAUCUACAGGAGGAAAGUGCUGCUCAUGUACCCGAUCCUGAGUGAGUGGCGGCCGCAGCACGGACAGCCCGACUCCUCUGAACGCCAAGUGCCUGCACUGAAGGAAAACUUCCACAUCUCAGGGGCUUUGAUUGGGUUUUCUGCUUGGUUUAGGUGACAGAGGAGAGGAUUUCUCAGGCUGUGCCAGGACACAGGUGACAGAGGAGGGAAUUGAUCAGGCUGUGCCAGGACACGCAUUACUCAGCUGCACCGGUGGGAAUGCAGAGCAAAUCGUUUGGGCAUGGCUGCUUUUGGGAGAAUG